UCCAGCUUGCCUAAAGCACAGGUAAGGUAUAGGCGAAUUACCACAUUGCAAGUACACGCUUUAGAAUAAUUCAAAUAGCAUAUUUUAAUGUUAGAGUGGACGAGAUUGCAUUUUUAAUAUUAUUAAACGACCCUAGUAUCUUGAUAUCAGUCUCAGACGACAGUUAACGUCGUCUGAAUAUGAUAUAGCUGUAGCUUCGAUUCAAGCCCCUAGAGGCUGCUCAUGAGUUAUUUGCAUAGUAGGCCUACAGAUUUUCCUAUGUACCGAUGGUUCCUCAUGUAUUUGUACAGAUUUACAUUCGUACAUUAAGGGAGGAAGAGGCCCAUAUACCAGGAAAGCAGUAGAAUGAUGAGAGCAAUGGUAUAUGAUUUAUUCUAAUUAGUAUGAUUGAGAAAAUAAACAAAAGUGUAGGUCACCCAAUCCACAAUGAAGAGAUGUGGUAGCCUACUUCUAAUUCGUGGAUGUUGGAAAGUGGGAAAGUUAAUUUAAAAUCAGCUCUGUUUACAACCAACUAAUUAAAUACAAAGUCCGGAAAAAUAGCUGCACCAAAUAUAUUUAUUAUUAUGCCAUACGAUAGUUAAAUUAUGUCUGUGUUAUACAGCGACAGCGACAGUGUUGAAAGCACUGGGAAGCAGGAAUAUCCAGCCUACUACUAAAGUAGGCGGGCUGCUAGGGUUCGCCCACCUGCCAACAACCAAACAGCCUUUCAGUCAGAAUGGAAGCAUUGGUCUGGAGAAGUGCUCCGAAGAAAGUCUACCGAGCACUCUGUCUCUCUCUAUCAGUCCUCCUCCAGGGUAACUACUACAUGGACUAUGUGGCAGAAAUCGACGUGGGGAAUUGGAAUUUCCCAGCCAGGACUUAAUCCGCGUUGUGAAUAAUAUUAUCCCAUGUCUCAAGUCAAGACAUUCGGGUCUCCUAUUGGAUUUUUAUUGAUUGGAAUUAUUUCGCAGAAAUGUAGGUUGAAUCUAACGAAGUCAUGAAGUCUUAAAUAAUGUUCAACAUUGCUAUCGAAAGUGGACCUUUCUCGAAGAAUUUAGAGGACUUCGACUCUAUCCGCAGUGUUCUCCUAUACAGCGACCUGGAGCCGGAAUGGCUGGACAACGUCCAGAAGAACGGCGAGCUCUUCUACCUGGAGCUCAGCGAGGGGGAGGAGGAGGUCGCGCUGGCCCGCGCCCACGGCAACUGCGGCCUGUCCACCAAUCACGUGCGUUUCAGCGACAAGGAGGCGGAGGUCAUCACGGAGGCGGACCAGAAGCAGUGCUCUGAUUCGCCGACGAAGGCGGAGCCUAAGCUGAAGAAGCUGGCCAGGCUCCUGCGGAGGAAACGAUCCUCGAAGCGCAGAGGGCAGGAAAACGAGGCCAAAGACGGUGGCUCCCUCCCGGCCUCCAUCUUGAAGACCCAGGCUGCGGCUCAGAGACAGGGGGGGGCUGUGCGGCAGGUGAAGGAGGUGUGCGUCUACGUCAACCCAAAGCGCCUCGCCCCCCUCCCCGAUGGGGGAGGAGGCCUGCUGGCGUCCCUGCUGGGGCUGGUGCAUCGCCCCUGCUCCGGCAGAGGCCCGGGUAACCCCGCGGCGGCAGGCGAAGGGGAAACGCUGACCGUACAUGGGCUGGUUCCCAACAGCCCCGCCAUCAGAGGAGGCCAGAUAUUAAUAGGGGACGUGCUCGUGGCGGUGGACGACGUGGAGGUGACCACGGAGAGCAUCGAGAGAGUCCUGUCCUGCAUCCCCGGACCCACACAGGUGAGGCUGACCCUGGAGACGUCGGCCCCCGCCGAGGGGCCUCCGACGGUGGAGGAGACGGUGGCCCCCCCCCUGCCCCGAGCCAAGGCGCCCCCCCCCGUCAGCCAGCUGGUGCGCCUGCUGUGGGGGGAGGACACGGCGGAGCUCCAGAUGGCCCUGGGCCACGUCCCCCACGUGGCCAUGUACCUGUCCCUCCAGCUGGACUCGGAGACCCUGCAGGAGGAGCAGGAGAUCCUGUACCAGUACCCGGUGUCGGACGCCUCCAGCCAGCUGAAGGGGGUGCGGGGGGUCUUCCUCACGCUGUGUGACAUGCUGGAGAACGUCACCGGGGGCCACAUCGUCAGUUCAUCUCUGCUGCUGGGGAGGCACCUGGUGCACGUGGGCUACUGGAAGGAAGGCAGCCGACUGCUGGUCCUGGGAAUACCUGCCGAGAGCGUGCCCCUGCUCUACCUGCAGACCGUGCUGGGCGGCGUGGUGCGGACCCUCCAGGUGAUGUACGGCUCCUUGGACAGUGCGUUCUGCCGUGCGGACCACGGCCCCCGUCUGGACCACUUCUUCUGCCUGUUCUUCCAGCAGCUCCUCCGGCCGUCCCGUCUGACAGCCGGCGGCCCCGGGGCCCCCCCGCCGCCGGCCCCCCAGACCCCCGAUGCCCCGGGGAGCCUCUUCCUGGAGGGGCUCCCCGCGGUGCGAUGGCUCAGCCUGCCCCCGGAGAUCAAGACCUUAAGCGCCCCCUGGUGCCUCGGGGUGGGCCUUGAACACCCUGGGGGACUGUUGGUGGUGUGUGUGUGUCCACAGAUGGAGGUGGACACUGUCCUCUCGGACUUUGAGUCGUCUGACUUUGGAGAGCUGGUGAGGAGCAGCAGCCUUUUUAUAGAGCCGUCACACAAAGGUGUCGUCUUAGGACCAACACAGUCAGAGGACUUCUUUGGCUUGAGGCGUCUCUACAUGAUUCUUGGUUCCUGUCUGUUCUACAAGGGCUACCUCAUCGCCAACCACCUGCCUCGGGAGGACCUGCUGGACGUGUGUCUGUACUGCCAGCACUACGGCCUGCUGCCGCUGGCGUCGGAGCAGCGCGUGGGCCAGCUGGUGGUGUGGCGGGAGGUGUUCCCGCUGCACCGCGGCCAGCAGAGGGCGCCAGGCGCCGCCGGCCCCUCCGCCGCCGCCGCCGAGGCCCGCUACGCCCCGCCCCGCGCACGCCACUUCCUGCUCAUCGUGGGGCUGAGGCACCUGAUGCAGUGUGUGUUGAUGGAGGCCGGUGGGGCCGCCUCCCCUGCCUUGGGCUCCCCGGGGCCCGACUGCAUUUACAUAGACCAGGUGAAGGCCACCCUCCUGCAGCUGGAGGGGCUGGAGGGGGGCAUGGAGGACCGGCUCAGCGCCCCCACCGCUCCCUGCCUCUCCUGUGCCGACUGGUUCCUCCCCGGCGCCGCCUCGGCCCGCGAUCGCUCCGGCGCCGCCCCCUCCUCCUCCUCCUCCUCGCCGGUCCUCAGCAAGCUGGCCGGGGCCAUGAGGGGGCCCUCCUUGGCGGGGGCCCGGGGCCGCGGCCUCUUUGGGGACAGGGCGAGGCAACCCAGCCCCAGGAGGAACCCGUCGGACAGCGGGAACGACGGGCCCCAGCAGGACCCGGGGCCCCGCCGCGACUCGCUGGGGUCCGGGGGGUCCGACGGCAGCGGGAGUCUCUUCAAGAUCCCCAGGAUGAAGAACCCCAACCCGUUCUACCUGGGCACCCUGAAGAAGACCCUCACCGAGAGGGAGACGGAGGACAUGUUCAACUCCAUCAAGCUGACCUCCGGGGUGGAGAACACCCUGUUCCACUACGUCCUGAUGGAGUCGGUGCAGGGCAUCUUCAUCGCCCCCACCCACCGCCAGGUGGCGCAGCUCAGCGGCUCCAUCCACCCCCAACUCAUCCGCAACUUCCACCACUGCUGCCUCUCCAUACGGGCCGCCUUCCAGCAGAGCCUGCCCCCCCGGGGGCCGAGGGGGGCCGCAGAGAGGGCGCGCGGGCCCCUGGGCCUGGGUCCCGUGAAGGAGCACGGGGUGUUGUUCCAGUGCAAGCCCCAGAACUGGAAAGACCAGAAGAAGCCCGCCCCCACCAUGACCUACUGGGUCAUAGGGCGGAUGCUGCUGGAACCGGUUCCUCAGGAGUUCUACGUGUGUUUCCAUGACUCUGUUCCCGAGGUUCCCGUGGAGCUGGCCUUCAGGCUGUCCUUUGGCCUGGCUCUGUGAGGCCGUCCACCAGCAGGGCGCUUCAUGCACAGACUCCCACACUCAGGAUUCAAAACAAGGGCUUCUGGGCUCAUGCUGCCGGACGGAAACACAAGAUGCACACACAACAAGGAGGUGUGCGCGUUUUUAUCCUUCUGCUCCUGCUGCCUUUCAAGGAACUGUUGCUUCUUCAAACAAAUACCUCAGAAACCAAGGUGUUCAUUUUAAUAAAGGAAGUCUUGAAAGGAGAAGUGGCCUGUACAGGCACUACUGACUAGUGCCAUCAGUAAUUGACUGAAAAAAAGUAUCCAUGAAUUGUCUCAGAAAACAAUUUGUUAUUUAAGAUGUACAGUAUUUGUUUUUGUACGGUAAUCGCACUUUAUAACAAUGUACAUUUCUUAGAGAAUUAAAGUAAGUGAUUCCUUUUGCUUUGUAAGCCAUGUGUCACGAUCAUGUUGAAUAAUUACAAUUACAUCGGUUAUAAUUAAAAUAAUAAAAAAAGAGUUAACAGGGGAAGAGGUUUAAAAAUAAAACCACAGGCAGCGUCUUUCGAUAUAUAAAUGUUCCGGUAAUUCAGUUAAAUUCACUCUCUGAUUUCGUUGUAACAAAAUAAUGCCACCAAUGGGGGGGAAAAAACCUGAUCGGACACAGCAUACACACGUUACAAAUACUUUACUUAUAAAAUGAAAAAAUGAUGCAAAUCCAGUCCUGUUUUCAUGGAGUUCUGUCCCUUGAGGGCCGCCUUACUUGACAUUCUAGUGCCUUGCUCGACGGCCGGGCCUCAUGCGGCGGUCUGCACCAGCGCCAGGUUCUUCUUGUAGCACGCCAGACUACACAGCGGCACGCCGGUCGUGGAGCAGCAGUACCUCUUGAGAUUGUCGCACCCCGUCACCCCGCAGGGCGCCG